UGAGACCUGCCACUGAAGGUGCAGAGAGGGCAACUGCCCCUGUGUUAUCAACAGCUCUGCUACCAAAUGUAAAAAGCAGCUUCUGACAGAACUACGGUUCAGACUUGCAGUCUUACCCUCUUCAUGACUACCGAGUGAACACGUAGUGUGAAGUGAAGAUAAAUACUCUAUACUGGCGGAGCUCUUCGCGUGCACAUACACAAAGCCACACAUAGGGUCGGAGGGUGAGCCUGCAAACACGUGACGUCAGAGCGCCUUGGAGUCCAGUGCAGCAGAAAUAGGACAAGCAAUCGUUGCAAGCAGCACUUCCUAGCUUUUAGCUAGUGGAUUGCGCCUCACGCACUAGUAACGGUAUCACUAUUUUACUUUGCUUACCCUUUGGGGUGAACGAGAAUAUCCACCUGUCGUUUCUGAUUGCUCGUGCGCUCUGUUUGGAAUUCUGAGGCAUCUGCUGUUCCAUUACUGCUUCCUUGACUGCAUGAUCCAUCUGCUUGCGGCUGGCGCGGAAUUCUUGAUAAGAGAUCUGGCAGACUUGAACUAAUGAAGUUACAGAAGCAAUGGUCAGUUAUUGUGGUGCUUUUGGGUUUCCUGGACAUUACAGAAGGAUGGAUGGGUACAGGCAGAAAAGGACAAUAUUACUCAGCUGGAGGGGACAUCCAUCAAGAGGAAAAAAGUCAAAGACGCCUGCUUGACACAUCAAGAAGAAAUGACACAUCUCAAGAUAAAUAUUCUUCAUGUGAAAGAAAAUAUUGUGGGCGUGGCAGCAGGUGCCUUAUCAAUCCCCUGACUGACCAACCUGUGUGUGCAUGUUUAGAACAUUGUAAACCUAGCUAUAUGCCCGUGUGCGGAUCAGAUGGGAAAUUUUAUGAAAAUCACUGUGAAAUUCACCGAGCAUCUUGUUUACAGAAAAAGAAGAUCUACAUCAUACACAGCAAGGACUGCUUUCUGAAAGGUGACACUUGCACAAUGGCAGAGUACAGCAAACUUAAAAACAUGCUCUUGGAUCUUCAGGCCCAGAAAUCAGUGCAUCAAGGCAGCAGUGAAAAAAACAGCAUGUUAAAAAAGAAAGUGUUAGUGGAAGAUAUGUUCAAAUAUUUGGAUAUAAACAGCGAUGGGCAUAUAGACAGCCUGGACUUAACUGAGGUAAUGAAGCACGAUGGCUUGGAAGAUGAAUUGUUUGACUGCACAUUGCAAGAUCUCCUCAAAUAUGAUGACUACAACAAUGAUGAGAAACUAACACUGCAAGAGAUCUACACUGCAUUCCAAAUUAUCCAGCUGACACUUCCUGAAGACCAGAAGAUUAGUGUAACGUCAGUCACAGUUGGACUGAGUAUAGUGCUAACUUGUGCUAUUCAAGGAUCUUUGCGGCCUCCAAUAAUAUGGAAGCACAGUGGAAUUACACUCAACUUUUUAGACCUGGAAGACAUAAAUGAUUUUGGAGAAGAUGAUUCAUUGUACUUCACGAAGGUAACAACUAUUCAUAUGGGCAACUAUACCUGCCAUGCAUAUGGCUAUGAAGAAUUAUACCAGACCCACAUUCUUCAGGUGAAUGUUCCUCCUGUUAUUAGGGUGUAUCCAGAGACACAGGCACAGGAACCAGGAGUAUCUGCUAGCCUGAAGUGCCAUGCGGAUGGAAUUCCAACUCCAAAUAUUUUUUGGUUGAAGAAUGGAAUUGAUGUCAUGCCAAAACUGCCCAGUCAGUUAUUACUUUUAGCAAAUGGCAGUGAACUGUUCAUAAACAGCGUACGCUAUGAAGACACUGGCGCAUAUACAUGCAUUGCUAAGAAUGAAGCUGGAGUCGAUGAAGACAUGUCAUCCCUCUUUGUAGAAGACUCAGCAAGAAAAACACUUGCAAACAUACUGUGGCGAGAGGAAGGCCUUAGUGUGGGAAACAUGUUUUAUGUUUUUUCUGAUGACGGAAUCACAUUAAUUCAGCCAACUGAGUGCGAGAUUGAAAGACACAUAAAAUCAAAUGAGAGGAUUGCUGCAAGCUAUGAAGAAAUGUGUCCAAGAGGCGAACAAGAUUCAGUUCAGCACUGCACAUGGGCUUCGGCGGUCAGCGUCAAAGACAAAUACAUUUACGUGACUCAGCCUAGAGAAAGCAGAGUGCUGAUCAUUGACAUUCUGGCCCAGAAAGUCAUGCAGUCUGUGCAAACAAAUGCUGUUCCUGUGAAAUUGCAUUAUGACAAAUCACAUGAUCAGAUCUGGGUCCUUUGCUGGGGUGACAUGAAAAAGUCCCAUCCCACACUGCAGGUUAUACCAGAGGCAAGUGGAGGUGAAAACCAUCAUGCAGCUGAUACGCCAUUUGGAACAGUGGAGAAUUUUUUUAUUCCUCCUACGAAUCUUAUCAUAAAUCAUAUCAGGUUUGGCUUCUUAUUUCACAGAUCAGAACCUGCAAUACACAAGAUUGACUUGGAAACCAUGACGCGUAUUAAGACGAUUAAUCUCAGGAAUUACACCUGCAUACCACAUGCCAUGGCUUAUACACAUCUGGGUGGCUAUUUGUUUGUUCAGUGUAAAACGAGGAAAUCAACCUUGGUUUCAUCACAAAUUAUCAUAGACAGUGUCACAGACUCUGUGAUUGGACAUAACAGUGACAUAUCAGGUAUGCCAUAUAUCUCUCCAGAUGGACGCUACGUUGUCAGCAUUGAUGGUCAGAGUGGAAUAAUAAAAGUUCAGGAAAUAACCUUUCUUGGUGAAAUCAUUUUCAGAAUGGAAUUACAGACAAAUAUGCAUAUAGCUGACUUGGCAUUUCAAACAUCUUUUACUGAAAGCAAUCAGUAUUAUGUAUACGCAACAUCACGCAUACACACAGAUGUUCUUUUCUUGGAGAUGUCUACUGGCAGAAUGAAUAUUCUGAAGAAUCUUAAAGAUCCAGUGAGGUCAAUAGACUGGCCUUGGAAUAGCCACAACAGAGUUAUAACAGACAGUGGUUUAUUUGGACAAUACCUUGCAACUCCUUCUAAAGAUUCUGUGUUUGUAAUCAAUGGGAGACAAAAUGCAUUGCACUGUGAGGUUUCAAGCAUUAAAACUGGUAACACAGUCAUCUGGAUUGGAGACGUAUGAGAAGAAACCGACAUGGAAACACAUGAAAUAGAUGGAACAUUUAUGCUGCAAAAAUAAGCAGUUUUGACACUGUUAUCUGAUAAAACACUAAGAACAAGCCUGUUAAACACUCUGGAAUACUACAAUGAUCCAAACUAUACAUGCUUUAGCAGCUUUCAAAUUGAGGAUGGUAACUAAUAAGAAGCAUUUUCGUUCUGUAAACAAUUAACUUUCUUAAAAUGCCUUUAAAUAUUUAGGGCUGUUUGCUAGUUGGAGACUACCAAUAACAAAUACAGCUGUAAAUUAUACACAUAAUUAUGUGUUCUGCUUCAAAGCAGUAUCAAAGAUAAAAUAAGUUAUUGUGAAUAUUUCUUAUAUUCUAACAUACAGCCUCUACACUUGUUUCUAGCCUGAGGAGACUACAUAUAGCUUUUUUCUACUUUAUAGGGGAAGUCUGAAAUUAACUAUGCAGAGCAUUAAACAGAUCAUAUGGAAAUUAAGCAUUCUAUGAUGCAAAUUUGUGUUCUGCUGUUAAUUAUCACAUUAUUUUUAAAGGGGAAACCAUUCAAAUGAAGCAUUGUUAUUAAAUGUCUUUAUUCUGUAUUCUGUUGAGGAAGUAUUUCCUAUGAUGUGUACAACAUUUCAUGCAUUAAUCAUAUCUUGUAUCAGUGUAAUGCUGUCAAGCAUAAGACAUAAAAAGUAUUUCAGCCGAUCAUUUUGUGUAUUACUUUAUGUAUUUAUUCAUUCAUUCACUUUCACACUUACAUUUCAUUUGCUCAGUUUUUUUUUCUUUAUAUAUUUAUUUGUGGUUGGAUUAGCGCUUCUGUUUUGGGGAAUACCAGUAAUGUAAUAGAAUAAAAAGUGUGGAGAAAUUAUCGGUCUCUGUUAAUAAUAUGGCUAGACAGGUUAUUUUGAAGUAACACUAAACUAGUUGUCUGCCUUGAUAAUUCUUCAGUGCCAUAUAGGUAUCUGCAUUUUAAACAGAUUAGUUAAUACUUGGCUCUUUUGAUUAUGCAAAGCCCGAUGGCAUGGUUUAUAGCCCAAUAUUUACAAAGAAUCUGCAUUAUAAUAUUUUAAGAGCAAACAUUUCAUAAAUCAAUAUUUGACAUUACUCAGUUUUCAAAAAAAAAAACAUUUCACAUUGCUAAGUUUUAGAAAAUGUUUAGUAUAGUCGGUUAAAGUCCCACAUAUUAUGUCAUAGAUAAUAUUUAUACUAGUUGUUUUGUUUUCAGAACACAUAAACUGCAUAGACGAUACCGAAUAUAAAAGAUACAUAAAAAGAAAGAAAAUAAAUGUUCAGUGUUGUAUGUACUUCAUGUUAAAGUCUCCAAAAAAAUAAUAGUUAAAACCACUAAAGAAACUGAUUUGUACUUUGGAAAAAAUGUUUACUUGUCCCAUGUUGGAACACUUAUCACAAUAUUGUCACACAUAAAAACAUACAUACAUAGAGAUAAACACAGAGAUUCACACACACAAAGAGGGAGUGGUGGGUUGGGUGUAAAAGUACUGCUUAUUCCCAUCAGUUACACUGUAUCUGAAUACCGUAGUGAACUGUGUUAAGAUGUAGUUAUGCAACUAUUUCUUGUUGUUUACUAAUUUUGUAACACCUAUUUGUGUCCCACAGACAUUAGUAUUAUCCCUACUGGAUUAUACCUUUUAUUUGUGGCUAGGUAUUUUUCUGUAUAAAAUGGAAUGCAAGUUUAUGAGACAGUCAGAUAUACUUUUCUUUUAAGAUGAUAUAACAGAUGUAGGUCAAAAUUUGAUAUCUCUAACAAACUUAAGUAGAGCAUCUCAUGGUAGACAGAGCUAGAAAUUCUAAAUUAUCCCUUUGGCCUAUAACAGCUUCAUUUUACUGGGAUUUUAAAUAAUUCAUUACAGCAUGUUUCUUUAGAGAUUUAAUCGCUAAGGUAUCUAAAAUUAGUAAAUUAAAUUUGAAGUCUACCACAUGCUUGUGUUUGCAAUUAAAAAUAUGUACUGACUUAAUAUAAAGUAGAAUACAUGUUACAACAUUUUCAAUAAUAUUUAUUUAGAAACACCGAUUAAAAGCAGUUGUAUUAAUGACUUAUAAUAUUUUUCAUAAACUUCUUGGGAUAAUCCUAGAAUUGUGCUUUCAACAUAUUCUAUUAAAGAGGUUUUACAUGAAUACAUUUAUUUUACUGUAUUCAUACAGAGAAAUAAAGAUAUUCCCCCAUACUCACAGGCAUACACACACACACACACACACACACACACACACACACACACACACACACACACACACACACACACACAUGCCCACACACACACAAACAGAGCUCAUUACAGAGCAACAGCAGAGAGAAACAUGAUUUACCUCUGUCUACUGCCAUAAGCAAUCCACUGUCUUGUUCUCUUUGCUUCAUGUAUUUGUAUUGCAUUGUCAAUUUGAAAUGUUCUAGCAAAUGAUUAUUUUGCAAUUCAUGUUGUACAUUAUUGAAUCACAUACUGCUGGUCUCUUGGAAUGAGUUUAAUGAAAUGGCUACUGUUGUUCUUGAUUUAUCAGCACAACCACAUGUUUUAUUACAUGAGAAUAUAUAUUGUGUCACAUUAACAUGCUGAAUGCGUAACUGCUUCAUAAGGAGUGAAAGGGAUUUUAAACUGUUUGGGGUUUUCUUCACAAUAGUUGUCUUGUGUCUGUAGAAGUAAAUGUGAACAUUAAGGAAGUGGGUCAGAAGUAAAUACAUUUUUUCUGAGUAUAAAAGACCAGCAGCAUUAUUUAAAACAUCUCUGUUACUCUGUGAAAAAAAUAAGGAAGAACUAUUGUAAAAACAUUUGACAUUCUUGUUACAGUGCAAUAAAUAUUUUAUGAGACACUUACUUAAGUAAGAGCAACUAAUAUCAAAUUGUUUUUGAAGGAAGUUGAGAAUCACUGUUGUUCGUUCUGACAUGUCUUUUCAUAAAUAAACACUACCAAGCCACUCCCAGUGCACAAAUGUGUUAACUAUGGGAUAUUUCACUGCACAAUGUGUGUGUGUGUGUGUGUGUGUGUGUGUGUGUGUGUGUGUGUGUGUGUGUGUGUGCGCGCGCGUGUGCACACACGGAAAAAAUUGCCAUGCUAUGGGCUUGAAAACUCAUGUAAAUGAUGUGUUCCCUAAUUAGUAUUUAUCACAUCAAUAGAAAUGUAAAAAGUCAGAAAAAUGAUUAUGAAACAAUAUAUUACAGAAUCAUAAUAUUCUAAGUCUAGUAUAGAUGUUUCUGUGUCCAAAUAAUGAUUAUUUUACUUUGCUGAGUUAACAUGUAUGAAUCAUAUUUUACCUGAAGUUGACUUACAACGGAAUAAGAAAAGGAGAGCCUUUUUUGUUAUUUCAUACUGUCUGCUUCUGAUAUGGGAGCUCAGAACCAUAGUAUCCAGAAUGCAUUUUUAAUCUUCCUUUAAAUGAAAUACAAAUUUAAAGGAGACUCAUCCCAAUUUAGUUACUGUUUGUAUUUGGCUGAAAAAAACUUUAUGAUUGACAACGCUAUUGUAUGAAGUGUGGUGCACAAUAAAUUCCAGUUCAAUUAUCAAUA